CAAGUGGCUUCUGGAAACACAAACGAGCAACCAUGAAGUUUCUGGUAGUUGUACUAUUGGUAGUCGCCACUUACGCUGCUGACAUUGAGAAGCGAGAUGCUGAGCCAGACUACGGCUAUUAUCGUCCUUCCCACGGAUAUGGCUACGGUCACCCAUAUGGAGCGCACCACCAUUACAAGAGGUCUGCUGAACCAGAGCCUGAGGCUUCUUACCCCUCUGGACACUAUCCCGUCUACCCUCCCCAUGGGCAUCAAUAUGGGCACUACCCCAUCUACCCUCAUCAUAGCCACCACUAUGGAAAGAGGUCUGCCGAUCCUUAACCUCAUGCUGAGCCUUCUGACGACUACCAUGGCUAUCCUCAUCCAGUCUACCACUACCCUCCCUAUUACUAUGGUUAAGGAGCAAUGACUUCCUUCUGAUUCUGAUCUUCGAGUGUCUUCUGUACUCACAUGAUCUGAAUUAAAACUGCUAAAUACA